UCCUUCCCAAAUAAACAGAGGCUGGUGAAGUAGGCUACUGGGAUAACAGAAGGAAACAUUUUUUUAAAAAGUCUCUCACACGCAUGCACACGGAGGAAGGGAGGCUCUCCGUUAUUUCCCCCUCUUGACAGACUGAAGCGGCUGCAAAAAAUCUGAACAAGGUGAAACACAAUGUUUGGAGUCCUCCUCACCCUGUCCUUCGCCCACCUGGUGGCACAGGCGCCCCCUUCCGACGGCCCCCCUGUACCAUGCAGACGCUGCUGUGAUCACCUUCCACCAACAGAGGGCAGCCCAGCUCCGUCCCCAAAGGGAGCGUACAGCCGGGUGCCCGAGGUCCGCGCCUACAUCAACAUGACCAUCCUCAAAGGUGACAAAGGAGACCGCGGUGAAAGAGGGACACCGGGUAAAACCGGACAGGAAGGCCCUCCAGGACCUGUCGGCCCCAUGGGCGAAAAAGGCUCAAAGGGCCAGGCCGGCCUUCCGGGAGACCCCUGCAAAGUUAAUUACGCUGCUUUUUCUGUGGGCCGUCGCAAGUCCCUCCACAGUCUGGAGGCCUAUCAGACGCUGAUAUUCGACACCGUUUUCGUAAACCUGGACGACCACUUCAACAUGUUCGGCGGCAAGUUCAUCUGUCACACGCCCGGCAUCUAUUUCUUCAACGUCAACAUUCACACGUGGAACUUCAAGGAGACGUACCUGCACAUCAUGCGAAACGAGGCCGAGCAGGCCAUAGUGUACGCCCAGCCCAGCGACCGCUCCAUCAUGCAGAGCCAGAGCCUGAUGCUGGACUUGGGCCUCGGUGAUGAGGUGUGGAUCCGCCUGUACAAGAGGGAACGGGAGAAUGCCAUUUACAGCGAUGAUGUGGACGUUUAUAUCACAUUCAAUGGAUACCUCAUCAAAGCAAGCACAGAGUAAUGUGAUGUUGCGGUCUUUUUAAACAUUGGAUAAGUUUAUAAAUAGUUUUAAGUUAAUAUUGCAUGCAAGUUUCAACACGUGAAUAUUGGUUUCAUUUUUUAACGUGUCUAACCGGCAACAUCCUCUAGAUGGCGUAUUUGGAUGUUAAAUACAUACGUAAUUGGCAGCACAUCCGUGUACUUGCUCGCUUCAACCACCAGAGGGCAGUGACCACAAAACAAUUGUACACACAAAGCCGCGAGACCAACUGAAAACAAUUUAAAGCACACUAAACUAUAUUCCAGCUUUUGGGUUUAUAUUUUUCUCUUCUUAUUUUAUUUUUGAAAAAAAAAAUGUCACGUGGGACAAUCACACAUGCACUGUAAAAGAAACAAGAAUCAACAGAAUAUCCAAUUAAAAACAAAUAGCUUACAUUGUAUAAAAACAAAAGGCAUGUGAGACAACGUAUGAGAAUGCACAUCUUAAAAAGUGGAAUAUAAGGUGUCAUCAACAUCAUCAACAGUACAAACCACACACACACACACACAGAAUUCCUGCAUAACAA